AUGCAGCUUUUGGGAAAAGUAGAUAUACGGCAGCAGUUGGCCAGUGCAUAUAGGCGCAGUAUUCAACAGCAAAAUGAAAAAGUUAGAAAGAAUAGAGGUUUCAUAAAUUUCACUGCCGAAUUAGAUAUAGCACUUAAAGAUCAUUUUGAAAAAUCUACAGUAUUCAAAGGGAUAUCAAAAAUCAUGCAAAACGAAUUGUUAGAUUUCAUGUUACAAGUGGCUCAGGAAAAUAUAAGAAAAGAAAUUUUGGAAGCUGAAUUUGUUGCUGUUAUGGCUGACGAAAUAACGGAUGUAGCUAAUUGUUAUCAAAUGACUACAGUAUUUAGGUACAUUAUACCAGAUGGAAGGCAAGUUGAACGUGUUUGGAAUUUUGUUACCCCCCCCCCCCCCCCCCCUGACCACGAUGCAGUUAGUCUCUCAGAAUGUGUGAAAACUAAUUUAAUACAAGUGCUAGAUAAACCAGAGAAACUGCUAGCUCAAAGUUAUGACGGCGCUAGUGUAAUGAGUGGACGUCAUGGAGGUCUUCAAGCUCUUAUUCAACGUGAUUAUAUUUAUGCUUAUUUCGUUCAUUGUUAUGCCCACCAGCUAAAUUUUAUUUUAUCGCAAGCUACAAGUCAAAAUCAAGAAGUACGGGUAUUUUUUUCAAAUUUAAGCGAUAUUUCAACUUUUUUUCUCAUUCUCCACAACGAGUUGCAGUUUUGGAUGAAAUUGUUGGUGCAAGAGUUCCUAGGUCUUCUGUUACAAGAUGGAAUUUUAAAAGCAGAUCUAUAA